AUGACGCCCAAGAAAGACUCUGCAGUUGCCAACGACACCGCCUGGAAGUGGACGCCCGAAAACGACCGCAAGCUCUUCGUCCUUGCCUUCGGCCGCACCGGCCUGGGCAAAGAAGAAUGGACCAAGAUCGCCACUGCGCUGUCCCCCAACCUCACCUGGAACGCAGUCCGCCAGCGCCUGGCCAAGUUCCGCUCUGAGCAAAAGACGGCGUACGACAAGCUCGGAUGGGCUCUUCCCCAAGGUAGUGCGGUCAAGGGCAACACUGCAUCGCCUGUCAAGCGCAAGUGCAGUGAGGAAGGUAACGAGGGCGAGGAGGUGGCUGUCAAGAGCAAGAAGGCUCGGGCUAAGAAGGGUGGCUCUGUUGAGGCUGUCAAGGAGGAGGAAGAGGACGCUGAUGAGUGGUUCUGA